ACCAGCGCUUUUACCACUGCUCGCCAUAUCAGUCUUGUGGGAAGAAGCUGUUUCUAUCGCAACUUGUCUUCGACACCCGUCACCGUUUCAGUUACGCCAGAAGAAUCAGCCGCAAGGAAGCUGGGAUGGCACAACCUUGAGUUGGCUACACGUGCACUGCACCGUGAUGGACUGGUUGUGUUACAGAAUGCCAUUGAGCACUCCAAACUUGAAGCUCUCAACAAGACUAUGGUCAGAGAUGCUCUCAAGCUCCAAGCUCUCGGUGACGACAGUCCGUUCAAUUACAACAAGGGCAAUAUUCAGCAAGAUCCUCCCAUGACAAAGACCGACUUCGACUCUUCAAUCUUCCUCAAUCCUCUGGCUACCCAGGUCACGACUUCCGUACUCGGUCCCAAACCACGCUUGACAUUCAUGUCUGGCAACAGUGCACUCCCGCCGGCGCCAGGUAUUGAGCCACAAUCCCAGCCCGUCCAUACCGAUGCAGACUUCGACCAUCCCGAAUCGCCCUUUGCUCUAGUUGUCAACGUCCCACUGAUCGACAUGGACGUCAACAACGGCAGCACAGAGGUAUGGCUGGGCACCCACAACAUCACUUCUCUGGCAGCACAAGAAGGCAAGCAAGGCGACAGAGCUAGCGGUCGUAUUGUAAAGAGCCUUCUUGAGCAACGAAGACAAGAACGAGCGCCCUGUCAACCUCUGGUGAAGAAAGGCUCGAUCGUGAUUCGCGAUCUUAGACUCUGGCAUGCCGGGAAGCCGAAUUCCAGCGAUGACGCUAGGGUCAUGCUUGCCAUGAUCCAUUUCGCCCCUUGGUAUCGCAAUGCAGUGACCAUUCAAUUUUCUAAAGAGCUGGAAACAGUACUAGAGCGCGAGGACCAAGAUCUGCAGAUUCAGCGAACGCUUGUGCCCGAACAAGCAAUCUUGGAUGGAUAUCUCAAUCGUGGCUAUGGAAACUCGUACAACUUCGACCAAGAGUCCAGACUCGAGGAGUUUUGA